AUGCACCAAGAGACAGAGGACUGCCAGCCCCGAUCCAGGAAGCGGGUCGCUGUUGUUGGCCUUGGCAUGGUUGGCAUUUCUUUUAUUGAGAAGCUUCUCAGAUACGACAUGGAAAGCGGUCGUGAUGAGUGGGAGGUGACUGUUUUUGGAGAGGAGCCGUAUAUCGCAUACAACCGUGUCGGUCUUACACAGUACUUUACGAAUCGUUCCAUUCAGCAUCUGUAUCUCAGCCCGCCGGAAUGGUACUCGUCACACUCGGAGAGAAAACUUACAUAUCAUACGUCCGAUCUUGUCAUUUACAUAGAUGCGCAAGCCAAACUGCUCAACACAGCCAAUGGACGAGUCUUCCACUACGACGAGUGCGUCCUCGCCACCGGUUCCGAUGCUGCCUUGCCACCUUACAUGUCCUCCGAGCAGUUUCGAAGCACUAGGGGUUGCUUUGUAUACAGAAGGAUAAAGGACCUUGACAAUAUUAUCGAUUAUGCCACCAAUGCCCCAAGCUACAUUGGACAUCGCAUUCGCAAGGCAGCUGUUAUCGGUGGCGGGCUUCUCGGCUUGGAGGCAGCCAAGGCUCUACUGGAUCUCGAAGAAGUUGACCAAGUUGUUCUUGUGGAGCGAAAUCGAUGGGUACUCAGCCGCCAACUUGAUCAAGAGGGCGGCACGUUGGUCCUGGAAAAGGUGAGGGCCCUGGGCGUUGAAGUUCUGCUACAGGCCCGAGUCCGAGAUCUUGUGUGGAACGACGAGAAGCGGCUCACUGGGUUGCUUCUGGAGGGAAAGGAUGGACUGCCAGACCAGGAAUUCGACAUCGACCUUCUCGUGUUUGCUGUUGGAAUCAAGCCCCGAGAUGAUCUCUCCAAGACUACCCCUAUCAGUGUGGCCAGGCCAAGCGGAGGUUUCAUCGUCGACAACCAGCUUCGCACAAACUUGCCUCAUAUCUACGCUAUUGGAGAAUGUGCCAGCUUCCUCGGAGAAACAUUUGGUCUUAUAGCUCCUGGGAUCGAAAUGGCCGACGUACUCGCCUUCAAUUUGACAGAAGGUCCCAACCACAGCAGGAGAGAGAUGCAGCCUCCCGAUAUCAGCACGAAACUCAAAUUAAUGGGCGUCGAUGUCGCCUCCUUUGGUGACUUCUUUGCGGAUCAG